AUGGCUGCAAUUUCACCUCCAGUACAAAGUGGUAGUACAUGUUCGUAUCUGAAUGGUGAAAGGAAAUGUACUGAAACGCGUAAUGAAGUAAAAAAGGACGGAAUAUUGAGUGAUGACGAUGAUAUUCCUUUGUCGGAAAAAUUACAAAUGACCAAUGACGACGAUGGUAUACCCCCGGUGAAAAAGUUCAAAAUGUUGAAAGAUGUUGAAGAUGAUGACGACAUGCCUUUAUCACACAAAACUAGGAGCAUACAGUCAAAAGGAUCUUUCGAGAAAGCGCUAACAUUUGCAUCAAACAGUCGACGAAAAAAAGCAGCGUCGUCAUCAGUCGUAACAAAAAAAAGUGUUAAAACUGAGUUGCCGAGUGAUGAUGAUAUUCCCUUAAGUUUACGAAUUAAUAAGCCCAAGAAGAAAAAGGGUGAUGAAUCAGAUGAUGAUGAUUAUAAGCCAGAGAACAAGAAAGAGAAACGAAAGGAUUCAAGGCAAAGCAAAAAGUCCUCAUCUUCUGGUUUUACAAAAACCAGUAUUAAAACUGAGAUUGUUAAUGGUGCUGUACUAAAUAAGCGUAAAAAGCAGGAAGAAGAGGAAGAAGUUUGGAAAUGGUUUUUUUUUUCAGUGCCUUUAUUACUAUGCAUUCAUUUUUUUAGGUGGGAAGAGGAAAAAAAACCUGAUGGUAUCAAAUGGUACACUUUAUGUCACAAAGGCCCAGUUUUUGCGCCACCAUAUAUACCCAUUCCUGAUUCUGUUAAUUUUAAAUAUGAUGGAAAGGCAAUGAAACUGUCAGUUGCAGCGGAAGAAGUUGCUUCUUUUUAUGCAAAAAUAUUGGAUCAUGAAUAUACAUCUAAGGAAAUAUUCAAUAAUAAUUUCUUUAUGGAUUGGAGGAAGAUGAUGACUCCUGCAGAGCGUGAAGUGAUAAAAGACUUGGCUAAAUGCGAUUUUAGAGAAAUGCAUGCUUAUUUUAUGAAAUUAAGAGAAGAACGAAAAGCUUUAACAAAGGAAGAAAAACAAAAACUCAAAGAGGAGAAGUUGGAAGAGGCUAAGAUCUAUGGUGUUGCAUUUAUUGAUGGGCAUAAACAAAAAAUAGCAAAUUUUCGUAUUGAACCACCAGAUUUAUUUCGAGGACGAGGAGGGCAUCCGAAAAUGGGUCGCUUAAAGAAACGAAUCAAUCCAGAAGAUGUGACCAUUAAUUGCUCCAAGGAUUCGGAAAUCCCAAGACCUCCUGAAGGCCAUCACUGGAAAGAAAUACGUCACGACAAUACCGUAACAUGGUUGUGCUGUUGGACGGAAAACAUAUUGGGCGCAAUCAAAUACGUUAUGUUGAAUCCAUCAUCUAAAAUAAAGGGUGAGAAAGAUUAUGAAAAAUUUGAAAAUGCAAGACGAUUGAAAAAUGUUGUUGAUAGUAUUCGGGAAAAUUAUACAAGAGAUUUGAAAAGUAAAGAAAUGCGGGUGCGGCAGCGUGCUGUGGCUCUCUAUUUUAUUGAUAAGUUAGCACUUCGAGCUGGCAAUGAAAAAGAUGUAGACGAAGCAGCUGAUACUGUUGGUUGUUGUUCUCUUCGUUGCGAACAUAUAAAUUUGCACGAAAAAUUAGAUGAUAAGGAUUAUGUAGUCGAAUUCGACUUUCUUGGUAAAGAUAGCAUUCGAUAUUAUAACAAAGUGCCGGUGGAAAAACGAGUCUUUAAGAACCUGAAGCUUUUUAUGGAAAAUAAAAGUGGAAACGAUGAUCUUUUCGAUCGUCUUGAUACCUCAUCAUUGAACCGAUAUCUGCAAACUUUGAUGCCCGGGUUGACUGCUAAAGUUUUCCGUACAUAUAACGCAUCAAUCACUUUGCAACAACAACUCGAUACACUAACGAAAGAUGAUUCCACUGUGCCUGAAUUACUGUUAUGCUAUAAUAGGGCAAAUCGACAAGUUGCAAUUUUGUGCAAUCAUCAACGUGCAGUACCUAAAAGCCACGAAAAAAGUAUGGAGAAUUUACGAGCUAAAAUAAAAGCAAAAAAAGUGGAGCUCAAAGAAGCAAAGGAAGAAUUGGAAAAGACUCGGGGAGAUGCAGCCAAACAGCGUGCAUCCAAACGCGUUGAUCGAAUUAAAGAACAAUUAAGAAAGCUCAAGAUUCAACGAACGGAUAAGGAUGAAAAUAAGCAAAUUGCUUUGUCGACGUCAAAACUUAAUUAUUUGGAUCCUAGAAUAUCCGUUGCUUGGUGCAAGAAACAUCAGGUGCCCAUUGAAAAGAUUUUCAAUAAAACGCAGCGAGAAAAAUUUCGCUGGGCCAUUGAUAUGGCAACGGAUGAUUAUGUUUUUUAA